CACUAAAAAUAAAACUCAAAACCUAUAUAAACCCCAAGAUUUCUCUCUGUUAUCUUCCCGGGAAUGACAUUUUUCAGUUUUUCUUUGACAUGAAUUUCCCCAAAUCUCUUCUGGGAAAGUAGUAGAAUAUGUCGACAUGCUUUCAGAUAAAGGAAUUAUAAAUAUAGUAAAUAAAUACAUCUGAAAAAGUGAAAGAAAUCUACACCAUCACGUUUAUUCAUACUUUCCUAAUCUAAACCCCUAUACGUAUUUCUUCAAUUUCAAGAUCUGUUUGCAUUUGUAUAUCUCUCAUGGCUGGACGUUAUUACAAUGACAAUCCGUUUGAUGAAGGACAGGAAGAUAACGCCUUUUCGGACCAAGGAACUCAAGGAAAGGGUCAAUCAAAUUAUGGUAGCGGUCCAUUUUAUAUGAUGAAUCCUGCAAGUGUUCCUCCUGCUACAAACUCAAGGCUUUCACCUCUUCCUCAUGAACCUGCUGACUAUGAUCGUGGUGCAACAGUUGAUAUCCCUCUUGAUAAUCCGAAGGAUCUGAAGAAUAAAGAGAAAGAACUCCAAGCUAAAGAAGCUGAACUAAAAAAAUUAGAACAGGAUUUGAAAAGGAGGGAAGAUGCUAUAGCAAGAGCUGGAGUUGUCAUAGAGGAAAAGAAUUGGCCACCUUUCUUCCCCAUUAUUCAUCAUGAUAUUGCAAAUGAAAUUCCAAUCCAUCUACAGAAGUUGCAGUAUGUUGCAUUUUUUACAUGGUUGGGUUUGGCAGCCUGUCUUCUAUGGAACCUCAUAGCAGUUACCUCAGCUUGGAUCAAAGGAGAAGGUAUAACUAUCUGGCUUCUUGCUAUUAUCUACUUAAUAUCUGGUGUCCCAGGAGCCUAUGUGCUGUGGUAUCGUCCUCUGUAUCGUGCAAUGAGGACGGAUAGUGCACUGAAGUUCGGAUGGUUCUUCUUAUGUUAUCUCUUUCACAUUGGAUUCUGCAUCAUUGCUACUGUGGCACCUCCUAUCUUCUUCAAAGGAAAAUCUUUAGCUGGUAUCUUGCCUGCAAUUGAUCUGUUAGGCUGGAAUGGUUUGGUUGGGGUAUUCUACUUCAUAGGAUUUGCAUUCUUCUGUCUUGAAUCACUGACCAGCAUAUGGGUUAUUCAGCAAGUGUACAUGUAUUUCCGAGGAAGUGGCAAAGCUGCGGAGAUGAAGAAAGAGGCUGCAAGAUCGACAAUGAUGGCGGCACUAUGACAACACAAGAGCAAAGGCAGGCAGCAUUUGAGCUUUCAAGCUGUUGAGUUCUUUGAUUGCUUUCUUCUCACACCAUAUAUCAUAUAAAAUCUAAGGUUGGAUUACCAUGUAUCAUAUCAUAUAUAUUAUUACAA